AUGAAGACUAUGCGGCCAGGGGAAGCCAACAAACGAGGGAAUGUGGUGACAGCACGAAUCAUCCCAGUCUUCCUUCUUGGAAUCAUCGGAUACUCGUCAUGGGUGCUCACGGAUCUCGUGGGCGUCAAGUACCUCAUCCACCCUAAACAGUCGCUAUUCGUCCGUCGCGAGACCGGUUCUGCGAUCGCCAUCCUCGUUAUAUUCUACCUUCUCCUGCUUGUCACGCUGACAUGCUUCGGCCGCCUGGCCCAAACGAUCCUGACAAACCCGGGCCUCGUUCCGCGCGGAGAGCAGUACUGGAUUGAGAAAGAACGCAAGCGGCGGAAAGAGAGGAGGAGUGCGACCCAUAAGGAGGAGGCACUUGAGUAUGAUUCAACCGAGGGAUAUACGCCCCGGAACCUCCGCCGAAAACAGGAUAAGGAGGCUCAGCAGGGCUUCCGCGCUCAAGAUUUCUGGCACAAGGACGUCUUCGUCUGCGGCUGGGACGGCCGCCCGCCAUUCUGCUCGACAUGCUACAAUUACAAGCCCGACCGGGCACACCACUGCAGCGAACUCGGCCGCUGCGUGCUGAAGAUGGACCACUUCUGUCCCUGGGUGGGCGGAAUCGUGUCGGAAACGUCGUUCAAGUACUUCAUACAGUUCACCGGCUGGGCAGCCCUUUUUUGCCUACAUACACUGGUUGUCAUGGCGUAUUAUUUCGCCAGACGCCGGAGUGAAGGACCCGGAAAUUUCCUCAACGUGCAUUGGAUCCUGGUCUUGAUCUUUGCGGGAUUGUUUUUCAUCUUUACCGCUGGCAUGUGUGGGUCGAGUCUGCAGUUCGCGUUCCUGAAUUCCUCCACCAUCGAGAAUUUCACCCGCAAGACCAAGAUCUGGUAUCUGGCGGUAUAUUUACCACCUAGAAUCUUGGAGAAUUAUCAGAAAUCGAACAGGACGGAUCUGAGGUUGAUCACGUAUCCCCGCCCCCCAGAAGAGCAGUUUCAGAUUCUCAAGCAGCACGGCGCAAGUAUGGGGGACAAUGAGGAGAACGUGGCGGCGCAAUCAAGGAAUGCGAAUGCGCCAACCCCAACGCCGCCACAACAGACCUAUGAUCCGCAGUCGACUACAACAUUUCCCCCCGCUCCGGCCCUGCCAUCACAAGAGACACCAAACACUACUCCCUCCUCGUCUGAUUCGCAGCCGACCAUUCCGAUACCCCCGACUCCUUCAAAUGUGGAAACACGUGUGUUCGCUAUCCUCGAAUCCCCACCUGGUGGUAAUCCUUUCGACAUUGGUGCAGGGGGAAACUUCAGAGAAGUCAUGGGGUAUACAGUGUUUGAUUGGUUUUUCCCACUGAGGGCAAGUCCCCUCACUGAUCAUAGCGAUCCAGUGAGUAUGUAUAAAGUAGGGUCUGUGGUAGAGAGGAUGAAGAGGAAGGCGGGCAUCCAAGAGGGAGAGGCUGGCCUUCAACAUGGAAGGCAAGGUGCAGAUACGACUGGCGAAAAGAGAAAAGGAAAGACCAAGGGAAUUAAGGGUACAAGUAGGCAAGUGCGGAAGAAGAAUAGGAGACGCAGCCAUUCACACUCGGCCACGGACGGAAACUCUCGGGUUGAUCGUUGA